UGGUUAUCAAUUGAUUAAUAAUUGUCUGUUUCAUUGCUCCGAAGAGAAGAUAUCGAUUUCGCUCUAUGUCCUAACGAACAUGUCAAAUUUGAAGUAGUGCCUCAUUUUUUUCGCAUUUCAAAAUUUAAUCAGUAGAUAUGGAGUCCGACGAUGACAACUGUGGUUGCUUGACAAAAAGGAGAAAAUCAAGCGAAAAAAAUUUGAGAUCAAGCACUGUGAAUUUCACAUUAGCUAUGACUUUACCAUUAGGUCCAGUUGCGCACCCAGAGUAUUUCCUCGGGAAACGGGUGCUGGUAACUGGCGCGACGCGAGGAAUAGGCAAGAACCUUGUGAAAAACCUGCAUUAUCUCGGCGCCCAAGUGAUAGCCUGCGGUAGAACAGACGCCGACUUGGAUACUUUAUGCGCGGAAGUUUCCGGAAUACAGCCGCUGAUCUUUGACGUUACCAAGUGGUCGACCAUAGAGAGGAAACUUCAUUCCAUAGGAGACGUGGAUUUUCUGGUGAACUGCGCCGGGAUAUCGUACUUGGGUUCGAUCCUGAACGCUACCGAGGAACAGUUCGACGAAAUUUUCAACACCAACAUCAAAGGCCUGUUCGUCAUAACAAAGGUGUUCGCCGAACAGCUCAUAAAGCGCAAGGCCAAAGGAUCCAUCGUUUCCGUCAGUUCCCAAUCCAGCACGUCGGGAAUCAGACGCCACGGCCUGUUCGGCGCCUCCAAGGCCGCCGUGGAAGCCUUCACCAGGUGCGCAGCAGUGGAAUUCGCACCACACGACAUUAGGAUAAACUGCGUCAGCCCUUCGGUCAUACUGUCCAAGACCGCGCGACACAUAUGGAACAAGGCAAAGGACUCCAAGGGUUUCGUGUCCAAGAUACCGAUGAAGAGAUUCGGCGAGGUUCACGAGGCGGUCCAAGGGAUACUGUUCUUGCUGAGCGACAAAUCGUCUAUGAUCACCGGCUGUACGAUGCCCGUGGAUGGCGGGUUUUCCGCGUGCUGACAUCCAUCUUUGUCCCAAUCAUGAAUUAAUACACGUGGUGAGAGUCGAUGUAUUUGUUGCGAUGAAAAUUAAACGCCCAAUAACUGA